AUGGCUUCACUUGUUGCAAAUAUUGCUAAAGACUUAUUAAAAGAUGGUGUAGCUUAGUCUCUUGGCGCAUUUGCGCUUUCUUAAGUUAAAAAGGUUGCAGAUUCUAAAAUGUUAAAAGCUAAAAUUCUUAAAUUUGUUGCUGCACAAUCUGAAGAAUUUAAAAAAAAAUAUGUCAUGGCAAAAAACAUAAUCUUGAUAUCUAGUCAAGAAAGCGAGUUAGAUAUUGACUAAAAAAUACUUUAAAAAGUUCCCAAUUAGAAAGUAGACAUAACUGAAGCUGGCGCAGAACGCUCAGCCUAAAUUGGCAUCCAAAUAUAAAACUAUUUAGAUGAGCUUUCUAAAAAGAGUAAAAAAUAAAUAAAAAUAAGUGCUUAUUCAUCACCCUACUAAAGAGCUAAGUAAACUUUAAAAUAAAUGAAAAAGAAAAUUAAAUAAGACUUUUAUGUUGAAGUCGAUUUAAAUUUAAGAGAUUAAGAUUUAGGAAACUUACCUAAAGAUAUCAAAAGUGAAGAAGUUGAAGCAGAGAAAUAACUUAUCACUCCUUUCUUCUACAGAUACGAAAAUGGUGAAAGUGAAGCUGAUGUGUACUUAAGAGCCUCAACAUUUACCAAUACUAUUAUUCGCUAAAUAGAAAACUGUGACAGAAAUAAACAAUAUGAAUAAGAAGAAAAAGUUGUUAUUGUUGUAGCUCACCCAGUAGUGAUCUAGCAAUUACAAACUUCAUUAAAGAGAUUUGACUCAUAGAAUCUCUUAAAUAUUAAAACUUUCUCAUAGUGA